AUGUGCGACGCAUCAAAUUAUGCCGUAGGUGCCGUGCUUGCACAGCGUGAUGGUAAACUCGCUUAUAUCAUUGCUUAUUCCUCAAAAACAUUAGAUGCGGCACAAUCCAAAUAUACUACUACGGAGAAAGUAGAGGCACUACUCAAGCGCUAUGGGGUAUUACAUAAGGUUUCAACUGCUUAUCACCCCCAAACCAACGGACAAGCGGAGGUGUCCAACCGGGAGAUUAAGCAAAUUUUGGAGAAAGUGGUGAAUCCACAAAGGAAAGACUGGAGCUCUCAGUUGGGAGAUGCACUAUGGGCAUAUAGGACGGCCUAUAAGACCCAAUUAAGGAUGAGUCCCUUUCGAAUCGUCUAUGGCAAGGCAUGCCAUCUUCCAGUGGAGAUUAAGCAUAAGGCCUAUUGGGUGGUUAAGCAGUGUAACAUGGAUUUUACCAAGGCGGGUAUAGCCAGAAAAUUGCUACUAGAGGAGCUUGAGUGUCUUAGGAUGGAAGCAUAUGAGAAUGCUUGA